UAAAAGUGUACUGGGAAGAGGGGUGUAGAUGAAUACAUUUCUGAGCUAGUAGCAGAUAAAUUGCUCAUAUUUUCCUAGUCUUCAAGCAGCUGGGCUGUUCCUCGCUUGGAUAAAGAUAGAAAAGAAGAAUAAAGGGGAAUGAGCCCCUAGGGUCUGAUAUCAGUGCCCAAAGCUGUCUUUUAAGAGACUCUUGAGGAACCAGGGAGUUUACUACUUCCCAGCAAGGUGACAGAGGAAGAUGGCUCAUCUGGCUUCUUGUGGUGUUGUGCCAUGUCCCCGUACCCCCGCCCCCAACUCCUAGGCUUGAGGAGUCACCAGGCAGGGUUCAGGGAACCACAGGACCAAAGAGUUAGGCAGCAGAUUGAACUCCACUUCAGUGCCGCCUAGGUCUCCACCAUCCAGGCUGGUUUCUGCAACCAGGUAUCAUGGCUGUCCUUCUUGUGGCUCCCUGUCUGCCCUUCCCAUUCAAACAAGAGCCCUUCACGAGUCAGCUUGGACGAUCCAGAGUAGCGGUGGUGAUCUUACAGUGGGACCGAGCUGCAGAGAUUGCCCUCUCACUUCUGGAGAAGAUGCAGACCCAGGAGAUCCUGAGGAUCCUGAGGCUGCCCGAGCUAGGGGACUUGGGCCAGUUUUUCCGCAGCCUCUCAGCCACCACCCUCGUGAGUAUGGGUGCCCUGCCUGCCAUCCUCGCCUACUGGCUCACUCACCGGCCAAAGGCCUUGCAACCGCCAUGUAACCUCCUGAUGCAGUCAGAAGAAGUAGAGGACAGUGGUGGAGCCCGGCGAUCUGUGAUUGGGGGGAGCACUCAGUUGCUUACCCACUACUAUGACGAUGCCCGGACCAUGUACCAGGUGUUCCGCCGUGGGCUUAGCAUCUCAGGGAAUGGGCCCUGUCUUGGCUUCCGGAAGCCAGAGCAGCCUUACCGGUGGCUUUCCUACCAAGAGGUGGCCAACAGGGCUGAAUUUCUGGGGUCAGGCCUUCUCCAGCACGAUUGUAAAGUGGGUACAGAGCAGUUCAUUGGUGUUUUUGCACAGAAUCGGCCAGAGUGGAUCAUUGCAGAGCUGGCCUGCUACACGUAUUCCAUGGUGGUGGUCCCACUCUAUGACACACUGGGCCCAGGGGCUAUUCGCUACAUUAUCAAUACAGCGGACAUCCGCACAGUGAUCGUGGAUAAACCUCAGAAGGCUAUACUUCUGCUGGAGCAUGUGGAGAGGAAGGAGACACUGGGGCUCAAGCUGAUCAUCCUCAUGGAGCCAUUUGAGGAUGCCCUGAGAGAGAGAGGACAGAAAUGUGGGGUGGACAUCAAAUCUAUGAAGGCCAUAGAGGACUGUGGCCAAGAGAAUCACCAUGCCCCUGUGCCCCCACGGCCUGAUGACCUCUCUAUUGUGUGUUUCACGAGUGGUACAACAGGGAACCCCAAAGGUGCGAUGCUCACCCAUGGGAACGUGGUGGCUGAUUUCUCCGGCUUUCUGAAAGUGACAGAGAGUCAGUGGGCUCCCACUUGUGCGGAUGUGCACUUUUCCUAUUUGCCUUUAGCACACAUGUUUGAGCGAAUGGUGCAGUCUGUUGUCUACUGCCAUGGAGGCCGAGUGGGCUUUUUCCAGGGAGACAUCCGCCUCCUCUCAGAUGACAUGAAGGCUCUCCGUCCCACCAUCUUCCCUGUGGUCCCACGGCUGCUGAAUCGGAUGUAUGACAAGAUCUUCUACCAGGCAGACACUUCAUUAAAGCGCUGGCUCCUGGAGUUUGCAGCAAAACGAAAGCAGGCUGAGGUCCGGAGUGGAAUCAUCAGAAACAAUAGUAUCUGGGAUGAACUCUUCUUUAAUAAGAUUCAGGUCUAUGAAGGUUAUGGGCAAACUGAAUGCACAGCUGGGUGUACCUUCACAACGCCAGGAGACUGGACCUCAGGGCACGUAGGUGCACCUCUGCCUUGCAAUCAUAUCAAGCUGGUCGAUGCAGAGGAACUCAACUACUGGACCAGCAAAGGAGAGGGAGAGAUAUGUGUGAAAGGACCAAAUGUGUUCAAAGGCUACCUAAAAGAUGAGGACAGGACCAAGGAGGCCCUGGACAGCGACGGCUGGCUUCACACUGGAGACAUUGGGAAAUGGCUGCCGGAGGGAACACUUAAAAUCAUCGAUCGCAAAAAGCACAUAUUUAAACUUGCUCAGGGGGAGUAUGUUGCACCUGAGAAGAUUGAGAACAUCUACAUUCGGAGUGAGCCUGUAGCGCAAAUCUAUGUCCAUGGGGACAGCUUAAAGGCCUUUUUGGUUGGUAUUGUGGUGCCUGACCCUGAAGUCAUGCCUGCCUGGGCUCAGAAGAAAGGAAUCGAAGGAACCUAUCAGGAGCUUUGCGCAAAUAAGGAGUUGAAGAAAGCCAUUCUGGAUGACAUGGUGAGGUUGGGGAAAGAAAGCGGACUCUAUUCUUUUGAACAGACCAAAUAUGGAUCUCAUGGCUAUCCUCCAGCUGAGAAAUCAGAGAACAGGACUACCAUGGUUAAAGCUAUUCACAUCCAUUCUGACAUGUUCUCAGUUCAAAAUGGUUUGCUGACACCAACACUAAAGGCUAAGAGACCCGAGCUGAGAGAGUACUUCAAAAAACAAAUAGAAGAGCUUUACUCAAUCUCCAUGUGAAGCUCAAGGAGGGUUCUUCUCAAUCCAAUGAACUUUGCAGCAAUAUUAUAGUUAUUCUUGAAACAAAGGAACAAGAGUGACGCAGCUGAAAAUGAACGAGCACCCGAUUUUGCGACUGAGCCUUUCCUGACCCAAGAAGUCUCUAACAAUAUUUUCUCUACCAUCACCAAGUACAUUUUAUUUUUAUUAAAUGAUAUUGUAGCAAGCUGCUAAAAAACAUAUCACAAAUGGCAAUGUAAAAACAAAUCAAGACACUUUCUCAAGAACUGUGUACCACUAAAAGUAAUAUAUUCGCAAUGUUCACAGAAUUCCAUUAAACAUAAAGGAAAAAACAUAA